AGAAAAAAAUAGAUGUGGAUCGUGGUGUAAAUUAAAGCCUAAUGCUUUUUAGAAGAAGUGAGGUAAUUAUAAUAAUCGAUCCCAGAUGUUCCGAUGCUUCCGUAACUCGGAGUUUCCCGGGCGGUCACACACAGCUGCUCUGUGGAAAUGCGUGAUUUCCCGCAGCGUGCCUCGCAGAAUCACCAUCUUCAUCUCUAUGUAGGUCGUUUAUUUUUGAAGCGGAAGUCUCACCGGAAGUGGAGCUGGUGCCGCUCGGACUCCCGCCCCAGCAGCCCGAGCCAUCUUGUGUUUAGCAGGAACAAAAAACGGGAGGAGGAACGGGUCCAGAUGGAGGAUGGGGUGCGGGUCCUAGGCCCACUCUAGGCCGGUUCGGUGGGUCAGUAUGUCCGGACGGGAAUCUUUGCAAGGAAACGUCAACCACACCCCGCGGAGCAGCUGACGGUACCGUUAGCCUGCCAGCUAACGCGCUAAGCUAUUAGCUCAGGAGCGGCGCAGACCGGAGCUCCGGAGCGGACCGCUAGAGACCCGCAGACCCCCAGAGCCCGCGGCGGGACCGCAGCGUCUCCCCAAAACCCAGAAGAACCGGGAUGGACAUGAACCAGGAGCUCUGCUGAGGGGAAACCCGCGAUAUGAGGAUCGAGGCUGGCUGCUAGCUGUGCUGCUAACCGUUAGUUUUUCGGUCCAGAGUGGAACCUCAAGAAGCUGCGGUGCAGCCAUGCCCUCCAGUGCGCGUGCGGGGAGCCUCAAGGACCCCGAUGUGGCCGAUCUGUUCUGCAGAGACGAUCCGGAGAAGCUCUUCACCGACCUGAGGGAGAUCGGACACGGCAGCUUCGGAGCCGUCUACUUUGCGCGUGACGGACGCAGCAAUGAGGUGGUGGCCAUUAAGAAGAUGUCCUACAGUGGCAAGCAGACCAAUGAGAAAUGGCAGGACAUCAUCAAGGAGGUGAAGUUCCUGCAGAAGCUGCGUCACCCCAACACCAUCGAGUACCUGGGCUGCUACCUGAAGGAGCACACGGCGUGGCUGGUGAUGGAGUACUGCCUUGGCUCGGCCUCUGACCUCCUGGAAGUCCACAAGAAACCGCUCCAGGAGGUGGAGAUCGCCGCCAUCACCCACGGAGCGCUGCAGGGUCUGGCUUACCUGCACUCUCACAACUUGAUCCACAGGGACGUGAAGGCCGGGAACAUCCUGCUGACGGAACCGGGUCAGGUCAAGCUGGGCGACUUCGGGUCGGCCUCCAUCGUGUCUCCGGCCAACUCCUUUGUCGGAACGCCGUACUGGAUGGCCCCGGAGGUGAUUCUGGCCAUGGACGAGGGUCAGUACGACGGGAAGGUGGACGUCUGGUCGCUCGGCAUCACCGGCAUCGAGCUGGCUGAGAGGAAGCCGCCGCUCUUCAACAUGAACGCCAUGAGCGCCCUGUACCAGAUCGCCCAGAACGAGAGCCCAGUGCUGCAGUCCAACCACUGGUCCGACUCGUUCCGCAGCUUCGUGGACUCGUGUCUGCAGAAGAUCCCUCAGGACCGUCCCACCUCAGACGUCCUGCUUAACCACCGCUUCCUGAGCCGCGAGCGCCCGCUGACUGUCAUCAUGGACCUGAUUGCGCGGACGAAGGACGCCGUGCGGGAGCUGGACAACCUGCAGUACCGCAAGAUGAAGAAGAUCCUGUUCCAGGAGACGCAGCAGAACGGGCCGCCGUCUGAGGGCGGCGACGACGACGAGGAGGCGGAGCCCUACCUGCUGCAGGGCGGCACGGUGAACAGCAUGGAGAGCUCCCAGUCCGUUCCCAGUAUGUCCAUCUCGGCCAGCUCCCAGUCCAGCUCCGUCAACAGCCUGGCGGACGCCUCCGACGACAGCAGCGGCGACAUGGCCAUCCUGCAGGAGGGCGAGAACACCGUCACCUCCAACAGCUCCAUCAUCCACCGCCCCACGGGUCAGGACAACAUCUACGACGACCCGUACCAGCCGGAGCUGGAGCAGCAGCAGGCCCCAUCCGCCGGGCGCCGCCGGGCCUUCUACCGGAACCGGGACCACUUCGCCACCAUCCGGACCGCCUCCCUGGUGACACGUCAGAUCCAGGAGCACGAGCAGGGCUCGGCGCUGCGGGACCAGAUGUCCGGCUACAAGCGCAUGCGGCAGCUGCACCAGAAGCAGCUGCUGGGCCUGGAGAACAAGCUGAAGGCCGAGAUGGACGAGCACCAGCUGAAGCUGGACAAGGAGCUGGACGCCCAGAGGACCGGCUUCUCCGCCGAGCUCGACAAGCUGGCCCGCAAGAACCAGGCCGUCCUGGAGAAAGAGGUCAAAGCCGCUCUGGCCGAGGAGAAGAAGUUCCAGCAGCAGAUCCUGGGCCAGCAGAAGAAGGAGCUCAACUGUCUGUUGGACUCCCAGAAGCGGCAGUACCGCCACCGCAAGGAGCUGCUGAAGGAGGAGCUGAGUGAGAACCAGUCGACCCCCAAGAGGGAGAAGCAGGAGUGGCUGAUCCAGCAGAAGGAGGUGAUGCAGCAGCUGAUGGCGGAGGAGGAGGCCGGCCUGCUGCGGCGCCAGAGGCAGUACUAUGACCUGCAGUGCCGCCAGUACAAGAGGAAGAUGCUGCUGGCUCGCCACAACCUGGAGCAGGACCUGCUGCGAGAGGAACUGAACAAGAAGCAGAUCCAGAAGGACCUGGAGUGCGCAAUGCUGCUGCGGCACCACGAGUCCACCCAGGAGCUGGAGUUCCGGCAACUCGGCUCGGUCCAGAGAACCCGGGCCGAGCUGAUCCGGACCCAGCACCAGACAGAGCUCACCAACCAGAUGGAGUACAACAAGCGGCGCGAGGACGAACUGCGGCAGAAACACGCCGUGGAGGUCCGGCAGCAGCCCAAGAGCCUCAAGUCCAAAGAGGUCCAGAUCAAGAGGCAGUUCCAGGAGACCUGCAAGAUCCAGACCCGGCAGUACAAGGCGCUCCGGAACCACCUGCUGGAGACCACGCCCCGGUCCGAACACAAACUGGUUCUGAAGCGGCUGAAGGACGAGCAGACCCGGAAGCUGGCCAUCCUGGCCGAGCAGUACGACCACUCGGUCAACGACAUGCUGUCCACGCAGGCCGUCAGCAAGCUGCGGCUGGACGAGACGCAGGAGGCGGAGCAGCAGGCGCUGCGGCUGCAGCUGCAGCAGGAGCUGGAGCUGCUCAACGCCUACCAGAGCAAGAUCAAGAUCCACACGGACGGGACGCACGACCGCGAGGCGCAGGAGCUGGAGGCGCGGGUGGCGCUGCGCCGCGCGCUGCUGGAGCAGAGGAUCGAGGAGGAAAUGGUGGCGCUGCAGGCGGAGCGGUCGGAGCGGAUCCGGACGCUGCUGGAGCGCCAGGCCCGGGAGGUGGAGGCGUUCGACUCGGAGAGCCUGCGGCUGGGAUUCAGCGGCAUGGCGCUGGGCGCCUCCGGCGGCCACUGGAGCCACGGCCUCCAGAACUCGCCGGCCGGCCCGGCCUGGCACGGCCAGAACCACGGCGCCGGCUUCGGCCGGGCCGAGCCAAGAGCCCGCGCCCCCUCUCUCCACCAGCAGCAGCUGUACCAUCACCACCAGAGCACGCCGCAGCUGUACCGCGACGAGCGCGACGGCCGGGAGCGCCAGGCCCGGGAGUGGCCCUCCGGCGGCCACUACUCCCAGCAUGCCCGGGGCCUCCAGCAGCUCUCCUACCACGCCUCCUCCCAGUCGCUGGCCGUGCUGCCUCCCGCCGCGCCUCCCCCCAUCUCCUUCUCCUGCUCCUCCCCCGCCUCCUCCGCUUCCUCCUCGUCCUCCUCGCAGGGCGGCUAUGGCGGCGGCGGCCUGGUCGUCCGCGGCCCCGGCCUGACCCUCAGGAACAGCCCCCAGCCGCUGAGGCGCACGGCGUCCGGAGGCCCCGGUGGGGGCGGCGCCGGCGACGGGGGGCUCAGCCGGAGCACCUCUGUCACCUCCCACAUCUCCAACGGCUCCAACCUGUCCUUCUCCUGAGACGUCCGCCUGCGGCCUUCCCAGGAGCCACCAGGCGGCGUCACAGAGGGGCCACGUGGCGCUCAGCAGCUCCUGGGAAGCAGCUGUCUCAGAGCGGUCCGAGGAUCGGCGCUCCAGGACGCUCCACCAGGCGCUUCACGUCACAGAAACCCAGGAGGAACACCACCCAUCUACAGAGCUCUGAGGAGCGUCCUGGAGCUGUAGCUCCUCCAGAGACAGCCGGCAGUUGGCCCUCAGGGACCGGAGAUGAGAACUCGACGGUCCGGUCCUACUGAAGGCGAUGUUGACCUCAGGAGGCCCGGCCCUCAGACCGUCGAUCCCUCGUGGCUCAGACGCCGUGACGUCAUCAGGAACCCAGACGUUCACCAGAUAUCUCCCCUCGGGUCCCACUGAUGGUUCCGACCCGCUGAGUUGCACAGAGACCGGGGCAGAGCUGAUGUGGACGUGUGUAAAUACGGGCGUCCAGCAGGGGGCAGCGUUGAUGCCGCUGCUGUCCUCUGCCAGGUUGACCCAAAACCAUCGGGUUCAGGACCUGGGGUCGUCUGCAGGUUUCGUUCUUUCUGAUCCUCAGUCAGAACCUUUCUAGCGAUCCGGUCGGAUCCGGAAAGACCCAGAUCAGUGAGCAACAUUAACCCUCAGGAUUAAAUAACUUCAGCUGUAAUGUUGAUGAUGUGAUUCCUGCUGAGCUCAGAGACCAACAGGAUCAUCUGACUGAGGAUCCAGCAAACCAGGAAUCCUGCACACCUGUCCUCCAAUCAGAAGCCGCCGUGGUGUGUGUGUGUGUGUGGGUGUGUGUGUGUGUGUGUGUGUGUGGACGCAGCACCAGCGGCUCAUCAAACUGGUCUGUCUGCCUCUGCAGGUCAGACGGCCGCAUGGCGCCGCUGUACAGUGAUGUACACUACCUAUUUAUAGAGCUGACACCAGGUGAGGCAGGUGUCCUGAUGGGGGCGCUGUUCAACACUCUGACUGGUGUUGUUGUUGUUGUACAUAGAAGCACUAACUUUAAGACUGUAAUAAGUAAUAAUGAUUAUUUUGUCACGUGAUUUAUGCCAAUUUGUACUAGAAGCAGGCAGACGCCAUCCCAUAAUAACUACUGCUGCAGUCGGA